GGAAUGCGUUCGUCCGAUGUUCUGCGGAUGUCACCGGAGGACAUAGUACUAGUAAGGCGAGUCGCUUCUCUACGACUCCAGUCGGUUACGAUCAUCCGCCAUGGUAGGACUCGUAGGACUCCGGUGGGUGCUUCUGAUCGCCUGCGCAUUAGGUUACGUCACCGGUGUUCCUAGGCUGGCUUACCAGUAUGACUGGUCACAUCGCAUAAACACAGAGGAUGAAGAGGAGGACCCAGCUGUGAAGAGAGAAAUUCAGGAUGCAAUAGACAGUCUGCUAAGGAUACAGGCAACAGCGGAAGAAAUCGACGUGAACACUGCAUCAUUGCUGGAACAGUCAGUCACAAACGUCAAGGAAGCUGACUCUGGAAAGGCUGAAAGCCAAGGGGUAGAAGUCAGUUUGCCUCUUGAAUCUGCCGAAGGAGCUGGGUUUCAUUUCAACACGACCGGUGCCACUGAUUUUAAUCAUACCGAAAGAUUUGCUAACGAGAUUGAAGCGAGGAUAUCCACUUUGGUUGAAACCAUCACUGCUGAGAACCUUACUCAAAAUCCCUUUGCAAAUUACUCUCUCUCCCCUGUUUCUGCUGACCAGUUUGUUCAGAUUCUGGACACCGUUUCUAAGUUACGUAAAGGGGUAAACAAAAAAAGUACUGAGAUCAGUAACCCAAAGCCCAUUAAGGUUGUGGCCAUCACCCACGCCAACAUUGACGAUCUAACUCCUUUAGAAGAGACUGAGACAGCUGUAUUGAUUGAAGAUUUGCCUGUCAUUUCUGAUGUAGUGGAAGCCAGUAGCAAGCCACCUCCUCUGGGUCAGAUGAAGAGCACACCUCUUGAUUUAAGUAGCUUUCCAUCAUCAUUUGAACAGGUUCAUCUCAAAUCACUUGGGGAAGAUGGUGGAAAUAUAGUCCCAGUCAAUCCAAGUAAUGAGGAGGUGAUGGAGGUGAUGGUCGGAGAGAGUGUAGAAGUCUUGACACCUGAAGGUCACAAAACAAAUAUUUCCAAUGAAAUACCAACUAAUGAUGAAGGUUCCAAACAAGUGGAGGAAAUUCCAGUACCUAGUGAGAUAACAGGAAGUGAGACAGGAGAUUUUUUGAGCGAGGAAAUCCACAUGGAAACGACGACUAGGUCUAAUGAUGUAUUGGAUUUGGAAAUGUUUGAAAGCAUCAGUGAUGGGAACCCAAGAAAAGCAGUGGAAGAAACAGAGAUGAAAGGUGCUCCUCAGACUUCAGAAAAUACUGUAAUCACUCCUGAUUUACAGAAUGUGAAGGAACAAACACAGAACGACACAGUCGAAAUCGACCUUCAAGAUUCAGAGCUUCUUCCAGGAGUGAAAAUAUUGGAAAUUAGGAGGCGAAAUUUUAAUAACCUUCAUAAUUCUAUUAACGCAUCACAAGAAGCCAAAGGAAAAAGUCAGUCCCCAGGAUCGAAGGGAACACAGAGGAAAGGCAAAGCUGUGAGUGGCAGCAGAUCUGUGAGAAAUCAAGGGUUCAGUUACUCCGUAGUCGACAAUAAUUCAAGAAAGGUCUUUGGACACGAAGCUUCUUACCAGGAGAGAACCCAAGAAGGCUCUUACUUUGUACAUUUCUCAGAUGACACAGUGCUUCUUGUUACUUACAUUGCUGACCAUCAAGGAUACAGACCUAAUCUUAGGUAUUUCCAGAGUAUAGGGGAACUGAACCAGUUCAUUGCAACUCAUCCCAAGAAAGGUUAUGAAUACCCGGAAACAGGCGCAGUGAGACCAUUUAAUAGGCCCGUUGCACCGACAAAGGGACCUAUUAGAAGACCUUUCACAACAACCAGGAGACCAUUCAGCACAACAAGGAGGCCAUUCAGCACAACAACAAGGAGGCCAUUCAGAAGACCUGUCACAGUAACAAAGAGGCCCUUAAAAUGGCCGGGAAAUACUUUCUCCUUGACCACUCCAAAGCCUAAUCAUUUCUAUGUGACUCCUGCACGGCCAAAUAAUCACUACGGGACUCCUGUAAGGCCACAUUAUCACUACGGGACUCCUGUAAGGCCAAAUAAUCACUAUGGAAGUCCCGUAAGGCCAAAUUAUCACUACGGAACUCCUGUAAGGCCAAAUAAUUUCUACGUGACUACUGCAAGGCCACAUUAUUUCAUGACUACCCCAAGGCCAAGUAAUUUCUUCACAACUACUUCGUGGCCAAGUCAUUUCUUUACAACUACCAAUAAGUUUCCCUUUUGGCCAUGGUACCCAGACGGCGGUGAUCCAUCAUAUAUUGGCCCACCAAAAUAUGGUACUCCUUUUCCCAAACCUCCAGGUGGGAUAAAUAUUCCAUUCACACCACAUCCUUUUUGUAAUUUCACUUAUGGUGAAACUGGUGAUGUUUCCACCACAGAACCUACUGCGACAGAAGAGGCCACUACAACCAUGUCUCCAUUCACGGGAGAAUCUGAAACUGACACCACAGAUCCAUCACUGCAGCUUGAUUCCACAGAGGCUGGGGCAAUGACAGGGACAGAAUCACCUCCCAGCCUGAGCACUGAUCCUGUGACAGUUGUAGGACCCCAAGUGGAUGACGACAAAAGGGACGUCACUGAAUCACCUGGAGAUUCUGGAGCAUUGACGACUAUCAUUAAUAACGAGGAUGGUGAUAGCAAAGCUCAAACAAGCCCUCAACCUGAGUCAGCCACUGAUAUUUCGAGUAGUUCAGAUGAAAAGGUCACCAGCUCUCUGAUGCAGUCUGAUGCAAUAACAGAACUCUCAGAGGAGGAAAGCUCAAUUACUACCAUAGCUCCAGAACAGGAGGACCUGGAUACUACAACUUUAGAUCCUUUAUCUGCAGAAAAUAAUAGCGAAGCAGGGGAAACAGGUUCUCCAGAGAGCGGUCAGGGGGCUAAAAUGCUGUUGACUCAACGUUUAGAAAAAAAGCCCGCUGACAUUGUUCAAAUAUUACCCCCACCUUCUCCCUCCCAAGAUGCUCUCAUGAAAUCCCUGAUGCCAAAAAAUUUGAUGUUCCGGGAGGAGGCUGUAUCGAAAAACUCACUUGACAGUAGUUUAAUAACUGCCGUAUAUAAUUCUAAAUUUCUAACGCCUACCAAUAUCACUCCCAUAAUACCCUAUGGAAAUACUUCUCCAGAAUAUAUCACUAUCACACUCUUCCCUAGACACGAUGAAGAGUCUGAGAAACCUCAAGAAGUUGCUCCCCUCCAAUCGCAGAAUGAAACCUCUCUUGAAACAGAUGCCUCAUCUGAGGAUGAGGAGUUAACGAGAGAAUUACUCAGUGUUCAAGACCUUACAAAAACAGAACGAGAAUUAUCUCUCUUCCAAUCACUAAAUGAAACCUUGCUUGAAACAGAUGCCUCAUCUGAGGGAUGGAGGAAUGCCUCAUCUGAGGAUGAGGAGUUAACGAGAGAAUUACUCAGUGCUCAAGACCUUACAAAAACAGAACGAGAAUUAUCUCUCUUCCAAUCACUAAAUGAAACCUCGCUUGAAACAGAUGCCUCAUCUGAGGAUAAGGAGUUAACGAGAGAAUUACUUAGUGUUCAAGACCUUACAAAAACAGAACAAGAAUCAUCUCUCUUCCAAUCACAAAAUGAAACCGUCCUAGAAACAGAUGCCCCAUCGGAGGGUGAGAGGCUAAUAGGACUUAGUGAACUACUCAGUGCCCAAAUUCUCACAGAAACAGAACAAGAAUUACUCGAGGAAUCAGAACCUUCUCCCAAGGAAGGAAAUUCUGAGAGUCAGGCACCCAUAUCCAACCAGAGGCAAUCAAGGCGAUUAUCGUACCUUGACAGUCGAAAUUUACUUCCAAAGCUUAUCGGAGAAGAUGAAGUGUCCACUGAAUCUUCCAAUGCAUCACCACCAGUCAUAGAUUACGGAAAUGAAGACCCUCAGUCUAGGCACCCUAGACUUCCAAUGUUUACCAGACAAAGCAGCCGAUAUUCUCCUCCUAAGACGCCAACACUUCUUAAUGCUAGACUAUACGACCACUGGCAGACUAGCAGAAGUGGUCUUUCCUUGCCCACAGGGUCCCCUAAGGUUGCACCCGUUAGGAGUAGAACUUUACUAGGCCAUUUCAAACGGCCGUAG